CUUUAUUAUAUUUUGUUCUAACUAUCUUAAAAGGAGGGACUAUUUCCGUUUGGCCACGCUCGUCCUCCUGGAAACUAUGGCGGAGGAACAGCCAAAUAGCAACACAGUUGCCCAGGAAGCAGAUCAAGAGCAGGUUGUGGAUCCAUGGAGCGUUUCUGGGGGCGCGGAUGGGCGUAUUGAUUACAACAAGCUCCUAGAGCAGUUUGGGUGCUCGAAGCUUACGGAGGAGCUCGUUGAAAGAGUGGAGCGCCUUACCGGGCGACCAGCGCACCCCUUUUUGAAGCGGGGCAUCUUCUUUGCUCAUCGAGACCUGCAAGAAAUUUUAGACUGCUACGAGAAGGGCAUUCCAUUCUACCUGUACACCGGCCGUGGACCAUCGUCAGAAGCCCUCCAUCUGGGACACCUAGUGCCCUUCAUGUUCACCAAGUACCUGCAAGACGCCUUCAACGUGCCGCUUGUCAUCCAGCUAACGGACGAUGAGAAGAGUCUGUGGCGGGGUCUCGACAUAGAUGAGGCACGACGCCUGGCCCGGGAGAAUGCAAAGGAUAUUAUCGCCUGUGGCUUUGACGUAUCGAAAACCUUCAUCUUCUCGGACUUUGAGUACGUGGGCGGCGCCUUCUAUCGCAACAUCAUUCGCAUUCAGAGGUGCGUCACCAUGAACCAAGUUCGUGGCAUUUUUGGAUUUACCCAGGAGGACAACAUCGGGAAGAUUGCCUUUCCGGCUGUGCAAGCAGCGCCGUCUUUUCCGGAUUGCUUUCCACAUAUGUUCGGCCAGCGAAAGGACAUUCGGUGCUUGAUCCCGUGCGCAAUCGACCAGGACCCUUACUUCCGCAUGACUCGCGACGUCGCGCCACGUAUCGGCCACCAGAAGCCGGCGCUCAUUGAGUCCAAGUUCUUUCCCGCUUUGCAAGGAGAGAGCGGCAAGAUGUCGGCUAGCGACGCAAACUCCGCUAUUUUUGUGAACGAUACACCGUCGCAGAUUAAAGAUAAGAUUAACAAGUACGCUUUCAGUGGUGGCGGUGCAACUGUGGAAGAGCACCGCGCCAAAGGCGCAAACCUGGCAGUAGACGUGCCAUGGAAGUACCUCAACUUCUUUCUGGAGGACGACGCCAAGCUGGCCACCAUUGGGGAGGAGUACAGCUCAGGCCGCAUGUUGACAGGCGAAAUCAAGAAGGAACUCAUCACUGUCUUGACGGACUUGGUGUCGCGCCACGAGCGAGCGCGGGCGCAGGUAACAGACGACGUUGUAGAUGCGUUCAUGGCGGUGAGGCCAAUGCCAUGCAUCUAGCGUGCCUUCCCACAGGGAACUCCGUGCUCCGCGGGCUUACCUUAAAAAUCCCAAAUGAAGUAGGCGAGUGGCCGCAACCCAGAGCAGUGGCCGGCUGAAGGGGCCCCACGCUCAGCUUGUGAAUGCAGGAUUCGUAGUGCAGACCGGUCUCAGCAGGGGUUAUGGUACUUCCGCUUUUCGAGUGCAUUGUUCUCUAGGUGCGGCAAGACCUCGGCUAGAGUGCGGAGUCUUAGUCAGUCUGCGCUUUUUUAUCUUCGAGCGUGAUGGUGCGAGUUUAGAUGUGGGUAUAGUAUGCGUCUGCACCAGCACGUGAUUUGUGCUGCGAAUAAGCGCGGGAGGGAGGCUAAGGUCAGGCGUUACGAGUGAUGGUCCAAAAGUAAUCGUCCAUGAACGCAUUUGAGGAGAAGGCCGAAUAGCUUCGGUGGACGUGCUUACACGCAGCGCUCAUGAUUUAAUGGGCAAUCCCUACGAGUUUUGGGUGUCGAAGCGUGAUACCUUAAGGUGGCGCUAGGACCAGUUGGGGUUAGCGAUCGACUCUUUCACGAUGCGCGUUGCGCAGCAAGGCAAAAAGGCUACCCUGACCAGGGCACCGUUGAACUUCAUCCGUUUGGCUACCGUAAAUACGCCAAUGGUCCACUUCGCGCGUCCUAUGCGGUUUCCUGGCUGCAGUAGAUGGAUGGGGAAGACGCGGCACCCUUUAAAACGCUCG